GAGAACUUUAGACUAUAAUAAAUAGCCGAAAGUCCCACAGCUUCCAAAGACUGAGAAAAAUGUCAUCACCACAGGGUAUCUAUAAGAGAUGCGAGGAACCCGAGGAACAGGGGAAGCAGCCAAGCAAGAUAUUUGAAACAGCAGGUAAUUUCCUGCCACAAAGCUGCCGAGGUGGUUCAGGAGUAUCCCUGCCAAUCAUUUCUCUUGUGACCAUUGUAUCAUUUUUGCUGUGGAUCAUCAUUGUUGCUGUAAUGGCAUCAAAAUAUUCUAAGAUUUCCAAGGAACUAGAAGAACUGCGUUUGAAUCAAUCUUUGCUGACUGAAAAUGGUCUCAAAUCAGACAAGCAGUUGCAGCAGUUCCAGUCCACCCAUACUGCUCAAGAAUCAGUACUAAAUAACAGCCUUAAAAAGCUGGAGAAUGAUCACAAUGACCUGAAAAAGAAUGUGAAUGAAAAGAUAAACGCGAUAACGAUUCAAAGUGGUGGAAAUGCGAAGACAGUCAUUGAUUUAAUCAAUGCAGUCUAUCAGAUUAAUGCUUCAGGCUGCCAGAUAUGUCCAAAAGGUUGGCUGUUGAACAGAGAAAAGUGCUACUAUUUCAAUAUGGGGAGUCAAGCCUGGUCUCAAGCUGAGAAGAAAUGCGAGGAUAAUGGAAGCAAACUGGUUAUCAUUGAUGAUUGGGUUGAGCAGGAUUUUCUUACGUCACAUAUAAAUGAAAAGACGUUCUGGAUUGGUCUAAGUGAUAUUAACAAUGAAAACAACUUUGUUUGGGUAGACAAUAAUUCUCCAUCAUUUACCCGCUGGCGGACAGGAGAACCCAAUAAUAGUGGACAUGGGCAAGACUGUGUAGUGAUGAAUUCUGAUGGCCAAUGGGAAGAUCGUCAAUGUGGAAAAAGUGUGGAUGGCUGGAUUUGUGAAAAGCCCUGGAAGUGCUAAUUGUAGCCAAUAAGAGCAAGACUCAACAUUCAGCAUUCCUAACACCUGUGUAUUAUUUUGAGUUUUGUUAUUUUUAUUGUCUUUUAUUGAUUUGCUAUAUUUUGUUUUACUGAGAACUAUAAAUAUAUGGUACAGCAUAACUAUUUUAGUAAAUAAAAUAGUACAUAAUAUAUUAGAAAAAGAAAUAUCCCCCAGUCUAUCUAUUAUGUAGAACAUCAAAUUUCAGAAACGAACGAUAGUCCACAAAAUGCAUUAAUUUUAAAUUGUAUCAUAAUGAGAAAAGGACCAUUAUUCUCAAGCUGCUUUGGGUUUUCCUUAGUACCUUAAAUGAGAAUGAGAGUUAAUCAGUUUACCUUCAGGCCUGCCUAUUGUUUUAUCAUUUGAAUGGCAUGAGAUCAAUGAAGCAGGUUUGACAAUAGAUGGCAAUGAUAGUAUGCUGUAACAAAUACAAAAUUUCAGUGUUUUUGGUUUUAAUCUUUACUCCAGGUGAGGCAACUCCACACCCCCUGCCUUGCUUCAUCCUCCACCACCACCCACUGUCUUGCUACGUUCCUCUUCAUUCUUUGCCACUUGCUCGCCGCCGUAAUGGAGGUCGCUCACCGCCUGCAAUGCCCAUCUCUUAUCAUCCUGCUCCGUUAUGGCGGCGAGCAAAUAGAAGAAGUGGCGAAGAACGAAGACAAACGAAGCAAGGGGUGGAGGACGAAGCAGUGCAGGACACCAUGGAGAGCAUGGCUGGUGCCACUGCCAUGAGGUGGGGACUUGGUACAGAAUAAUUCAUGAUACUGAAAAUGCUUGAGAAGUUGAAGGCAUUAGGACUGCAGUUUCGGAUUCAAAUUGGUACAGAACUUUUUUUAUCUAUAAUAUGCAAAUCUACACAAUAAUAAAAUUUAAGAAAAAAAUGAAACACUGAUUUGGGCUGUAUUUUUGCAUUCUCUAUUCCUCAAUUCACUGCAAAUUCUUCUCCUUGACCAAGUCCCUUUGGAGUACAGUGCAUAAUGUCCUA